AUCCUGGGAAGGUAUUUUUAACAAGACAGAGUUCCUGCUCAUACAGCAAAGACUGACAAGAAGGGGCCUCAUCAGUCUUAUGUGGUCAGAGUCCAGACUUAAGCCCUAUAUAGUAUAUCAGGUCUCACAUCAAAUACAAACUAGCAGGGAAACAUUUUCCACUAAUGAUCAACUGUUUAAAGUCAUGAAAACUGAGAGGAACAGUACUGAGUCCACUUUCCAUGAAAGGUUGUCUGAAAGUUCACUCACAAAUAUUAAUAUUUGAGGAAGUACAUGGCCCCCCGCAACCCAGUAGGAUAAGCGGUUUGGAAAAUGGAUGGAUGGAUGGAUGGAAGUACAUGGAAAAAGUCACCUAAACUGUUAUUUUAUAUAUUAGUUUAAUUUCUUGCUAAUUUCCUGAUCAGAAGUUCAGAGUAGAUUUCUUGAAUUUUAUGUCUUUGCCCAUUUUUUAUGUUGCUAAAUGUACAGGACGGAUUACAGAGACGUGGCGGCUGGCAGGAAGGAGCCAGAGAAGCUGCUUUGUGAAUACUGUACUUACUGGGACUUUACAGGCAUAAAUGUAAUGACAGGCAUGGGGUGGCCAGAACAGCCAUUCAGUUAUGAUUCAUAAAGCCCAGGAGUAGAUAAUCAAAGGAGUGGGGGCUGCCACUGACCCUCUGUAUGUUUAUAUUACUCUAUACUCCUACUAUGCCUGUAUGUCAAUCAGUCAGGAGUUUGCAUGCAUUAUGGUGGGACAGUGAGAGGCUCAGUGUGCUAAGCAUCUGUACCUGUAACUGGAAGGUCACUGGACUGAGCCUGGCCCUUGAGUGAGGCCCUUAACCCCCAGCUCCACAGGUGUCACUGCAGAUAGCUGCCCUUCAAUGCCAGGUUUGCUCUCACCUACAUGUGUGUCACGGAGAGAAAGACUGGGAUGGUAAAAAUAGAAUUUCCCCAUGGGGAGGAAUAAAAGUAUCAUCACUCAGCUGUAUGUCUCUGUGUUUGAGUGACUGAGACUGCUAAUGGUUCUGUCUCUGUGUAUGAGUGUCUGACUGAGACUACUUAUGGACCUGAGAAAGAACAAGUUUAGUUUUGGUUUUCUAGAUGUUCAUACAGUACAGCUUUUAUCCUCCUUGUACUUACAGCUACAUUUCUUUUAAACUAUGCAAAUGUUUUCAUAUUCUUAAAUAUUUUAGCGGCUAAUUACUUAUUGUAAACUGGGAUUUGAAAGGGAGUCACUACACAAAUAGCUUUGCAUAAUGUGUCUGUGUGCAUGUGCUCAUAUGCAUGUGAAAUGAUCAGUAUCAAUAUCAAUGUUUUCUGCAGCCCGUUGGAUCAGCAUGAUGGGUUAUAAUGUGUUUCUUCUGCUGAAACUUCUACUGAUUUCAGAGUUUCACAGUCACUGUUCAUGCCUUUUACAUCAGUACCAUUUUGUAAACAUAAACCUGACCUGGACUGACGCCCAGGCUUACUGCAGACAGAACUACACUGACUUGGCUACCAUUGACAAUAUGAAGGACAUGAAAAGCCUAACUGGGUCUAUGGGCUCUGAUUAUACUGGGGAGGCUUGGAUAGGACUGCAGAAUGGAUCAUUAUGGAGAUGGCAUUGGUCCUCAGGAGAAGGAGGGACUGGGUACAGAAACUGGGAAAGUGGUCAACAAUACCAUGGGGGUAAUACUGAGCACUGUACUAAAAUCCGAGACAAUGGUACAUGGAAUGAUGCUCCCUGUUCAUUAAACCCUGACAUUGCUCAUUUCAUCUGUUAUACUGCUCCCACCUGUAAUAAUGGAGUAAAUGCUACCUGGAACUUCACCUUGAUUAAAAAAAAUAUGAGUUGGCCUGAUGCUCAGAGCUACUGCAGACAGAGUUACACAGACCUGGCCACUGUGAGGAAUAAAGAAGAUAAUGACUUGCUGCAUAAAAUGGUUCCAAAUGGCACUCAGGCAUGGAUUGGCCUGUUCCGGGACACAUGGGGAUGGUCAGACCUGUCAAACUCCUCAUUCCGUAACUGGAAAAAUGGCGAAAAUUAUUAUGUGAAUAACGCAUGUGCUUUAGCUCAGGUCACCUGGCCUGGGACAUGGGAUGUGACUCCAUGUGAUGAAAAGCAUCCAUUCAUAUGCUAUGAUGAUAGCCUGAUCUUGGUAAAUAGUAACAUGACCUGGAAUGAAGCCCUGAAUUACUGCAGAACACACCAUUGGGACCUGGUGUCUGUCCACAAUGAGGAGAUCCAGUACUGGGUCAGCAGGUUGGCUGAGGACGCCUCCACUGAUCAUGUCUGGCUGGGGCUGCGCUUCUCCUGCUACCUGAACUUCUGGUUCUGGGUCAGUGCAGAAAAUGUCUGCUACCAGAACUGGGCCCCAAACAACAUAUCCAACAAUAACUUGUGUGGAACCACAGGGGCAGUACAAUCUAAAGACCCACAUUACUGGGUCAGCCUGCCUGAGACUAAGGAACUCAACUUCAUCUGCUCCAAAUGUCAGGUUGAUCCGCGAAUGCAGUACGUGCAAGAAUUGUUAAAAUGUUUAAACGUGUAACUGCACAGAUGAAGUAUUUGCUUCCUGCGUUUCUGCUGUAGGAGUUGAAACCCCAGCUCUUGAUCUUCAGCACUGCAGAUUCAGAAUCAUAUAUGAUUAGAAGAGUGAUUGUGUAGAGGGAGUAAAUAUAAUAAUAGACACUUUAUAGAUCCCCUGUAGGGAAAUUAUCUUUAUGCCUCCACCAACUUACUCUUUGGGGAGUAAAUUGACCGCGAAGGGCUGCUACCCAUAGCGGCACCCAGGGAGCUGGGGGUUAAGGGUCUUGCUCAAGGACCUGCAGAUGUGCUGGGGCUGAGUUUGAACCUGCGACCUUCUAAUUACAAGGACAGAGGCUUAGCCCACUGAGCCACACGCUGCCCUGUAUAUGCCAAAUAUCUGUCAUUUCUUGUCAUUGUUGCAAUAAGAGUAGAAAUAAACAAUUUAUACACAUCUGGGGGUUAUUUUUCGUACGAGGAUUACUCGUUUAACCGGAUGUACAGUAAUUGUUGACGAUUUGGCAUGAUCGGUUGGUUUUUCAAAACUCUUGCUGGAUAUGUUGUCAAAGCAACAUAUGCAAAUCCUCAAACCUGCUCGGAGCAGGUUUGUUCUGUGCAAACAAAGAUUAGCUCGCACACGUAAUCAGUGUCCAUGCGUUGAAAUUCAUAGAUGAGUGACCAUUUGAUAUCAGUGUGCAACUCUGGAUAUAACAGACUUUGGAUAUAACGGACUGUUUUGCCAAGUCCCUUGAAGUCCGUUACAACUGGAUUUUACUGUAUUAAAUAAUAAUUAAUCUGACACAUAGGAAAUGAAACACUGCAUUCAGUAAGUACACUGAGCACUACAGUACUCAGUACUCAGUACAGUACCUCAUCCAGCUAGACUAAUCCACUACACAGCUGUGUUUGAAAAACCAACUUAUCCCGGGUGAGUCUCAGUACCAUUAACUGAUCUAGGAUGAGGCAUCUAAUCUCGGAUGAUUUAAGUGACGUAUGGAAAAUACCCCCCUGAACAGAGAUGUCGGAUGGCGGGUAAUGUUGCACCUGACUAACCAGGGCCCUGCCAGGAUGGGGGGCCCCGCAUAAGCCUUGGAAGUAAUUUUAAUACUUUCUGUAUAGAAAUAAUAAAUGUA